AUGGUUACCCCAAGGAUGAAAUGAUUUACAAAUGGAAAAGGAACUCCAUCGAAACCUCAGACCAGAAGUACUGGCGCCUCUACCAGUUUGACUUCAUGGGCCUGCGGAAUACCACAGACGUCCUCAAAACAACAGCAGGUACAGUAAAUUAAUUAUCAUACAUUUAAUACCCAAACAGCUGACCUUGUGUUCUUCACAACCAAUAAAGUAAGUCCUCAUCACAGCCCUUCGCUGGCUCCUGUGUUCUCCAUCCAAGUUCUCUCUGAAUUAUUAGAUAUUGACUCAUAAAAAUUCCAAGGAAAAAGGACAAAGUUGUAUUUUUGGCUGUUUAAAAAUAAAUAAAACUGUAAAUGAUCUGUCAUAUUCUCGUGUCUGUUAGCAGUGGGAGACAGCAGGCAUUACCAGCUGGUGUCUUGAGGUGUGGUGCCACCACUCCAGCUUAAGUGAAUUGCUUUUCCAGUCAUUGUAAGCUAUUGCAUUGCAAAGACAAUUGCUUUGCCAGUUUUGCAAGAUAUUGCCAGAGAGUAAAGACAAUAGCUUCUCUUGGAAGAUAGUCAAGUUAUGUAGUAUUAUUGUACCAUGGAAAUGACAAAGACAGCAUUUGGCAGGACAGAAAACAGGUUGAAAUUGCACUUAGGAAUAGUACUCUGGUAGUAGACUUAGGAGUAGUACUUUGGUAGUAGACUUAGGAGUAGUACUUUGGUAGUAGACUUAGGAGUAGUACUCUAGUAGUAGACUUAAGAGUAGUACUUUUAGGAGUAGUACUUUGGUAGUAGACUUAGGAGUAGUACUUUGGUAGUAGACUCAGGAGUAGUACUUAGGUAGUAGACCUUAGGUAGUAGACUUAGGAGUCGUACUUUGGUAAUAAUAAUAUGCCAUUUGGCAGACGCUUUUAUCCAAAGCGACUUACAGUCAUGCGUGCAUAAAUUUUUGUGUAUGGGUGGUCCCGGGGAUCGAACCCACUACCCUGGCGUUACAAGUGCCGUGCUCUACCAGCUGAGCUACAGAGGACCACAGUAGACUUAGGAGUAGUACUUUGGUAGUAGACUCAGGAGUAGUACUUAGGUAGUAGACGUAGGAGUAGUACUUUGGUAGUAGACUUAGGAGUAUUACUUUGGUAGUAGACUUAGGAGCAGUACUUUGGUAGUAGACAUAGGAGUAGUACUUUGGUAGUAGACUUAGGAGUAUUACUUUGGUAGUAGACUUAGGAGCAGUACUUUGGUAGUAGACUUAAGAGUAGUACUUUGGUAGUAGACUUAGGAGUAGUACUUUGGUAGUAGACAUAGGAGCAGUACUUUGGUAGUAGAUUUAAGAGUAGUACUUUGGUAGUAGACUUAAGAGUAGUACUUUUGUAGUACACUUAAGAGUAGUACUCAGGGAGUAGAUGUUGCCUUUAUCAUUCACUGUGUAAUAAAACAGUGCAAAGGGCACAAUGAAAGUACAUGCACCUGACUUUCUAAUUCAAUGUGACAUUUAACAUAUUGUUUCUCUGUAGACUGCUUGAAGCUCAUCAGUAGUCCCCUCCGGUAUAAAGGCAAACAUAUUUUUAUAUAAACCAUCUGGAUUAAAGAUUCAAAAGAUUUAAUUAUUCACUUAAAUGAUUUUCAGAGGCCUAGGAUGUGGUUUGGUUUUAAUACUGAAUUCUACGUCGAUUUAUUUCCAACAAUCAUUCCUUGCGACUUAGGUUGUGUUUUACAAACAGGUAUCUAAUUAUACUAAUGAGUGGUGCUCGCUGGAAUUACUUCGUAAUACAUUUUUAAUGCAUUCAUGACAGCAUUGAAGAUUAAUGUAGCAGCGUUUUAAGGGGCCGAUAAAUUGAUCUAAUGUAUGAAUUCUCAAGCUGUAAUUAACCCAUAUUGACCCUAUUCUCAAAUGUCAUAGGUGACAUUGUUCAUGCUGUACUAUAUUAGUUUUGGAGAACAAUGAUUUCAUCUCCAUAUUGAAAAGAAAGUCUUGAAGUCUUGUCUUGAAAAGUCAGGUGAUCCAAUAAAUGAUGUAUUCUACGUAUGGUGAACUGUGAUACAAGUACAAGUUCUGAGUGGAGAACUCAUGAAAGCCACAGUUUCUCAUCUUGUUUUCACUUUUUCUUGACUCCCAGCUUGCAUCAUGCUGCAUGAUGAUUAGCUAGCUAGCUCCUGCAGCUAAAAAUAGCAUGUAAUUAAAAUACAUCUCAACAAACUCGGAAAAACAUAAAGCGUUACAUUUCUUCUUGUUGUUUUUCAUCCAGCAUGAAAUGGAUAGGGAUUGUGCUGAAGCGUGGUAAUGAGGACAGUGGCGAGUGGACAGUCCCCAUGCCAUCAGGGACUUCUGGUUCUACCGCUGUUAUAACUGCCUCCAUCUUUUUUAUUGUUACAGCAUCCCUCUUCAAAACCCACCAAAGUAGAAUGCCUGAAGCCUUGUUCUGUGGUUCCACCUGAUGCUAUCUCUCAUGAUUCUCUCUCUCUCUUUUUCUUUCCCUCCCUCCACCCCUCUCUCCCUCCCUAUGCUGGCUUGUUCUUGUUCCACCUGACACUCUGAUUUUCCCUCAAUCUCUCUCUUUCUCCCUCACUCCCCCUCUCUUUCCCCCUCCCUCUCCCCCUCCCUCCCUCUCUCAUCGCUCCCUCUUCCUCCUUGCCCCUCUUUCCAUAUACAUCCCCCCUCUUUAUCCCCCUCUCCCCCCCCCUCUCCCAGGUGAUUAUGUGGUCAUGACGGUGUACUUUGACCUGAGCAGGAGAAUGGGUUAUUUCACCAUCCAGACCUACAUCCCCUGUAUCCUCACCGUGGUGCUCUCCUGGGUUUCCUUCUGGAUCAAUAGUGAUGCCGCCCCCGCCAGAACAGCACUAGGUACCUGAUCUGAAGAAUACCAUUUGACAGGAUACACACUGAUAUGAUAAUAAGUAGAUGAAGAACCCCAAGGGUUCAAUCAAACCUGCUCCACCAGUGUUUAUGUAGUGUACUGUAUGUGUACAGAAAGAAAUGACUACCUCUGCAUGUCUUAUUCUGAAAGGAAAAAAAUAGGUCUGAGUCUAGCUGGUUUGUUGAAAGUACACAGAAUAUGAAAAGAUGGCCACCAACUCUUGGUACCACAAUGGAAGAUUGCUUGAAAAAUCUAUAUUUUAUUGUUUAGACUAGAGAACAAUCUGCAUGUGUUUAUGCAAUGUUAUGUUCUGCCUUUAAGAUUCUUGUACCGUUUUAUUUUGUUUAUGCGAUGUGCUUGUAAUUGAUCAAGGCUUAACAAUCACCUUUUGUUUUACGUUUGUAAUUCAUUUAGGAUUUUUCCCCAAUGCAUGCUUUCCAUUAGUGCAUGUGCAUUCGUCUGGAUUAUGUUGUUGAAGGUGAUUUGGAGUUUGAGUUGAACUUUGCGGUAAGUACGAUUCAAUUCCUCCAGGCAGCUCUUGUAGUGGACCUUGACCAGGAAGUUUUUGUCUUCAAGAUCAAAUGUAUAACAUUUAGUCCAAAUUACAGUAUUAGCGUUAUACAUGGCCUUUAACUAAGUGACAACAAAUGGCAUUUACAAUGGUGGAUAAACAAGUCAAAGCCUAAAGUGUAUUAACGAGUCCGUUUCAUCACCAAACCAUCCUCGAACCACCACGAUCACAUUGAAUAGUCUCGCUCGACAGUCUUGACACCUGUUACGACACAAAACAAAGAUAAGCCCGGAAACAUGUUUGUCUUUCUCCUAGCUAACAGGUAAGGAUGCUAAAUGUAAGAGUAAAGAUAAAUAUCCCAUUCCCGUUGACAAAAGAAGUCAUUCAGUGUCUAUUCUGGGGCACAAAAGCGCAGCGUUGCUUUUCCGGCCUCCCCGCUGAUCAAUAGCGGGUUGAAAAGAAAGAGGGGUGAUAAGGAAAAUGGGCUUUGACUGCAAAGAGCAGGAGAGAUGUCAGAGUGGGGGGUGAUGGUGGUAGGGGGCUAAGGAGGAGGCAGGUGCUGACAUGCAGGUGCCCCUGAGGGUGUAGUGUGGGGGGGGGGGGGGGGGGUGACAGGGUGUACUGGGUGACAUUCCCAAAGAGUCAGGUUCCCAAGGGCCACCAGAGAUGGUAAUGACUAUCAGGCUAUACCUGACAGGGAGUAAUGACAGGAAGGGAUGGGGAUGCUCAGUUCAGUGACUCAUACAGUGUGACCGCUCUCCCCUUUCUCACUUUCUUUGUCUUUCUUUCUUUAUUUUCUUUCUCUCUCUCUCUCUCGCUCUCUCUCUCUUUCUUUCUUCCUUUAUUUUCUCUCUAUUUUUCUCUUUCUUUUUUCUCUUUCUCUCUCUCUCUCUCUCUCUCUCUCUCUCUCUCUCUCUCUCUCUCUCUCUCUCUCUCUCUCUCGCUCUCUCUCUCUCUCUCUCUCUCUCUGUCACGACAGCACUGUAGACUGAUAUCUUUGUACAAUGUUCUUUGUGCCUGUAUUAUUUUCUGUGUGUUGUGUCUGUUCAUAUUACAUCUAUCGGUCUUUGUGUCCCUAAUGUAGUGUAGGUGUAUUGACAUCUUUCUACAUGCAUUAUUUGUGUCUGUAUUAUUUUCUGUUGUAUUUUCUGUUUUUACAUCGCAUACCGUUUCACAUGUAUUUAAUUUUUGCCAUUUUAUUUGGAGGAACAAGUUAAAGUUGCUCUUACACCUUGCCUGUUUGAAGGUUAUGAAGGAACUCUGCUGACUAAGUGCCUAGGUAUGUAUAGAAGGUAAGGGAAAUAGGUGAAGGUAAUCACUGUGGCCAGCAGAGUCUGAAGGAAGGAAGGGGGGAUUGAGUAUGAAAUAUCAGCUCGAAAUAGAUGGGCCUUCUUGUCUCCAUGGUAACUGCUAGAAAACAGCACCACAUUCAGUCAUCAAAUGAGAGGUUCCUGGUGAUGUGCAUAAAAGAGCGAGAGAGACAGUGUGUGUGUGUGUGUGUGUGUGUGUGUUUGUGCGGGUGCGUACAGUGGGGGAAAAAAGUAUUUAGUCAGCCACCAAUUGUGCAAGUUCUCCCACUUAAUAAGAUGAGAGAGGCCUAUAAUUUUCAUCAUAGGUACACGUCAACUAUGACAGACAAAUUGAGGAAAAGAAAUCCAGAAAAUCACAUUGUAGGAUUUUUUAUAAAUUUAUUUGCAAAUUAUGGUGGUAACCAGGCUGGGAAGACUGAAUCUGCAAUAGGUAAGCAGCUUGGUUUGAAGAAAUCAACUGUGGGUGCAAUUAUUAGGAAAUGGAAGACAUACAAGACCACUGAUAAUCUCCCUUGAUCUGGGGCUCCACGCAAGAUCUCACCCUGUGGGGUCAAAAUGAUCACAAGAACGGUGAGCAACAAUCCCAGAACCACACGGGGGGACCUAGUGAAUGACCUGCAGAGAGCUGGGACCAAAGUAACAAAGCCUACCAUCAGUAACACACUACGCCGCCAGGGACUCAAAUCCUGCAGUGCCAGACGUGUCCCCCUGCUUAAGCCAGUACAUGUCCAGGCCCGUCUGAAGUUUGCUAGAGUGCAUUUGGAUGAUCCAGAAGAGGAUUGGGAGAAUGUCAUAUGGUCAGAUGAAACCAAAAUAGAACUUUUUGGUAAAAACUCAACUCGUCGUGUUUGGAGGACAAAGAAUGCUGAGUUGCAUCCAAACAACACCAUACCUACUGUGAAGCAUGGGGGUGGAAACAUCAUGCUUUGGGGCUGUUUUUCUGCAAAGGGACCAGGACGACUGAUCCGUGUAAAGGAAAGAAUGAAUGGGGCCAUGUAUCGUGAGAUUUUGAGUGAAAACCUCCUUCCAUCAGCAAGGGCAUUGAAGAUGAAACGUGGCUGGGUCUUUCAGCAUGACAAUGAUCCCAAACACACCGCCCGGGCAACGAAGGAGUGGCUUCGUAAGAAGCAUUUCAAGGUCCUGGAGUGGCCUAGCCAGUCUCCAGAUCUCAACCCCAUAGAAAAUCUUUGGAGGGAGUUGAAAGUCCGUGUUGCCCAGCGACAGCCCCAAAACAGCACUGCUCUAGAGGAGAUCUGCAUGGAGGAAUGGGCCAAAAUACCAGCAACAGUGUGUGAAAACCUUGUGAAGACUUACAGAAAACGUUUGACCUGUGUCAUUGCCAACAAAGGGUAUAUAACAAAGUAUUGAGAAACUUUUGUUAUUGACCAAAUACUUAUUUUCCACCAUAAUUUGCAAAUAAAUUCAUUAAAAAUACUACAAUGUGAUUUUCUGGAUUUUUUUCUCUCAUUUUGUCUGUCAUAGUUGACGUGUACCUAUGAUGAAAAUUACAGGCCUCUCUCAUCUUUUUAAGUGGGAGAACUUGCACAAUUGGUGGCUGACUAUAUAUAUUUUUUCCCCACUGUACGUGCAUGCCUGCCUGCGUGUGUGUAUAUAGGGUGUGUGUGUGUGUGUGUGGAUAUGAGUGUGUGUGCGUAUCACACCCAGCUGUGACGAGUACUGAGGAUACGAAGAGGCAGGACGCAGACGCAGGAAUCAACAACGUAAAGGUUUACUUAACACUGAGCAAGAGAACAACAAAGAGCGAGUACACGACAAGACACUAACAAGCAUCACAACACUGAACAGUCCAGGGAUAUAUAGGGGUGGUGAUGAGAUGAGGUGCAGGUGCGCUGGAGUUGAUUAGGGUGCGUUGGGUUUCCAUUCCGGUGUUGCCGAGGUGGUGCGCUCAGACCGGUGGCUCAGUAGAUCGGCGAAUCAGAGCGCCGGAGGGGAGCAACGGGAGGAGACGUGACACCCAGCACUUUAUAUCAAAGUGUCUAUACAUGCAAAAUCUCAGUGGGUACAUUCAGCUCACUUUUCAAUAUACACACUGAACAAAAAUAUAAAUGCAACAUGUAAAGUGUUGGUCCCAUGUUUCAUGAGCUGAAAUAUCCCAGAAAUGUUCCAUACGCACAAAAAGCUUAUUUCUCUCAAAUGUUGUGCACAAAAUGUUAGUGAGCAUUUCUCCUUUGCCAAGAUAAUCCAUCCACCUGACAGGUGUGGCAUAUCAAGAAGCUGAUUAAACAGCAUGGUCAUUACACAGGUGCACCUUGUGCUGGGGAGAAUAAAAGGCCACUUUUAAAUGUGCACAUAAUUUAUGUCUCAAGUUUUGAGGGAGCGUGCAAAUAGCAUGCUGACUGCAGAAAUGUCCACCAUAUAAUUGAAUGUUAAUUUCUCUACCAUAAGCUGCCUCCAACGUCAUUUUAGAGAAUUUGGCAGUACGUCCAAACGGCCUCACAACCGCAGACCAUUUGUAACCACGCCAGUCCAGGACCUCCACAUCCGGCUUCUUCACCUGCGGGAUUGUCUGAGGGGGACUGCUGAUGAGUAUUUCUGUCUGUAAUAAAGUCCUUUUGUGGCUCUCCAUUGGGUGGGCCUGGCUGCCAAAUGGGUGGGCCUAUGCCCUCCCAGGCCCACCUAUGGCUGCACCUCUGCCGAGUCAUGUGAAAUCCAUAGAUUAGGGCCAAUUUAAUGUAUUUAAAUUGACUGAUUUCAUUAUAUGAAAUGUAACUCAGUAAAAUCUUUGAAAUUGUUGCAUGUUGCGUUUAUAUUUUUUGUUCAGUAUAUUUAAGCACUGACAAUGUAUUGAUGUAAACGUCCAUUUAUUUCUAAAGUUAGAACUACAUAGAAACACAAACUACCGUCGGUAAUUGAUCAAAUAUCUUAAAAGCAUCUUUGCAAAAUAUAUUCAUACUAUUGCCACAGAAAACUAUUGCUGCAGUUUUGCCAAGCGAGAUAUCAAACAGUUAGUAAGGGGUGGCAGGUAGCCUAGCGGUUAAGAGCAUUGGGCCAGUAACCGAAUGGUUGCUAAUUCGAAUCCCUGAGCCAACUAGGUGAAAAAUCUGUGUUAUGACACUGACUUUGUCCUUUCAGGUAUCACCACUGUGUUGACAAUGACCACCCUUAGUACAGUGGCCAGGACCUCCCUACCCAGAGUCUCCUAUGUGACGGCCAUGGAUCUCUUCGUCACCGUGUGCUUCUUGUUCGUCUUUGCGGCCAUGAUGGAGUACGCCAUCCAAAACUACUACGCCUACAGGACACAGAAGCCCCACUACAACAAGACAAACAAGACGAAGAGACUGGUGAGCUUUCCUCCAUACGAUGUAAUGGUGUACCUUUCCUCCAUACGAUGUAAUGGUGUAACUUUUCUCGAUGCAGUGUAAUGCUGUUACAGAAAUGGACCGAGGUUGUUUGUGUUAUCACAGUCAAUAGUUCUAGCCAUGGUAGUGAUUAUGGUCUCAGUGGGUGGAGGUCUAGUCCAUCCUUCAUAUCUCCACCCUCUUGCAUCAGUCACUCUGUGCAUGGGGCUGUGAUAGUAGUACAGUCAGUGGCUCUGGCCUGCAUGGUAGCAAAUUGGGAGGUUGCCCCCCGAUGAGGGUUGAGGUCUGGUCCAUCCACCAUCCUUCAUAUAUCCAUCCUCUUGCACUGCCGACCGGUCACACAGUGUAUUUGGUAAAUGCCGUGUCAUAGCGUGUCAUGUCAUCAUGUCAUGUCUUGUAAUGCUGUCGAGCGAGUGAAUGAGUCCCAGCUUAGGUAGAGCACUAAGCCGAGGGGUUCUAUCUCAUUGCCUGCCUGGGCUGUGACAGUGUCCUGCUGGGUGUGGGAGGACACGGCCCGCUGCGGAGCUUUAAUGCAUGACAGCACAGCUCCACUCACAACGUAUCAGCUCUCUUUCUCUCUGUCUCUUUUCAUCUUUCCAUCUGUCUUGCAUGUAUUUCUUGUCUCCUGUCUGGCUUUUGUUGUCCCCCCCCCCCCUCCCUCCCUCCCUCCCUGUUGCCUCUCUCUCCCUCUCUUCAUCUCAGUAUCUAAUUAUGAGGCCUUCCUUCCUCUGUCCCCUCCCCACAUUUCUUGCCCUAACCCCCCCUCACUCUCUCUCUCUCCCUCUAUCGCUUACACAUUUAAGGAGAUGGCCUUCCUCUGUCCCCUCCCACAGACCUACUCGAUGCUAGACAUGGGGCCCGGGUCCCCCACGACCGUGGUUCCGUUGAACAACAACUACUCGUACUGGCAGGACUACGAGGACGUGUACGAGUGUCUGGACGGGAAGGACUGCCAGAGCUUCUUCUGCUGUUACGAGGAGUGCAAGGGGGGAGGGUGGAGGAAAGGACGCAUCCAUGUCGACAUUAAGGAGCUGGACGCCUACUCGAGAGUCUUCUUCCCUACGUCGUUCCUCCUGUUCAACAUCGUCUACUGGGUCUCUUAUCUCUACCUUUAGCAGUUUCAGUUGGAGUUGAUAGAAUUCGCUUGGACAAAUAUGGAAAGACUCAUAUGGGAAGAGGAGACAUCACAAGAUAAAAGAAGUCACUCAGUGGCAGCUUUGUGCACGUUGACACUUAAUUGGUUGGUGGGUUAGUAUAGCCAACUGAUAGACAGCUGUCAGACCCUAACACCAGGAUGCUAGCCAGAUAAGAGAUAAUGAAGCAUCCACAGUGCCUUCUUCAGGAAGGGGUUAUCACCUAUACAGAGGUGCAAUAAGGGGACUACAAGCUUUGGAGUUUUUCCCACUUAGGUUGUUCCACAUUCAACUAGAAGCUUUGGAGUUUUUCCUACAUAGGUUAUCAUUUCAACGCAUGCUAUACUGUUUAUUAAAAAUAAUGAAAAGCUAGGGUGGACUACACUAUGAAAUUAUUAUAUUGUUGCUUUGUAUUUCUUAGUUAGUUGCAUUGUCAUUGCAAUCUAUUUGAAAUAUAUAGAAACUCAAUAUUCUUUAUCUUAGCCAUCAACAGGAUCUUAAGUAUUAGGUCAUUGAUAACAUUGAUUUAGUUUAGAUGAAUAGACAUUUAUAUCAUAAACAUUUGAAUAACAUUUUCUACCAAGGGUGAUAUACAACAAGAAAAUGCAUAGUAUACCUUACAACACACCAUAACAUAAUAAUUUAUAGAUGAAAAUACUACUUUUGUAAAAUAAUGUAUCUAAUAAAGUUUUCUUUUGUAACAUAUAGAGUUUUCCAGAGGGUAUUAAU